AUGGAUAUUCUGAUAUACGGUGACCAGACUGUUGAUGUCUGCCCCUUCCUCGAUCAUCUUUUUAAGAAGAAGCGUACGCCUCUGUUACAAAACUUCCUCGAGAGAAGCAAAAUAGUGCUCCAAGAUGAAAUAUGCCGGCUCUCCCGAACCGAAAGAGUUGGCAUCCCUCAGUUUUCUAGUCUUAGAGGCCUAGUUGACGAAUAUCAACGACGAUGUCCACGAGUCGCCUCGCUCGAAAGUGCGUUGACGUGCCUAGCACAGUUAGCGCAUUUCAUCGGUUUAGCAGAAGAGAAUCCGCAAUACUACAUCAAAAAGGGCUCACACAUUGUGGGUGUUUGUAUAGGUCUACUGUCGGCAUCUGCCAUCGCCUGUUCCCAUUCUUUGGUACAUUUGAUACCUCUUGCUGUAGAAACCGUGAGAACUGCGUUUCGUCUUGGUUCUUGCGUAGGUCGUAUGGCCAGGCUCCAAGAACCCGUUGUACAUGAAUCAAAGAGCUGGACCUCUCUUGUCACAGGUGUGGACUUGCAGGCUGUAGCAUCGGCUAUUCAUGCUUUUAACAGAACGCAGGUUGAGCUUAAACAGCGUUUACAGAACGCAAACAAACUUUACGUGAGCGCUGUCGCUUCCAAUUCUACAGCUGUCAGCGGGCCACCCUCCGUCCACGGUAAUUUCUGGGAGCAAUUCAAGAAGACACAGUCCUUUAACCACAGAGAUCUGCCGAUUUACGGCCCUUAUCACGCACCUCAUCUCUUCACAAAUGUUGAAGACGUAUUAUCAGAGGAAACAUUGCUUCUACUGGAUAACUUCAACCAGAUUCGACCAGUCCUUGAGUUCACAUAUUCCACAAGUCGAGAAUUGUUUGAGCAUUCCAUUGGCCAGAUACUCCAAGAAAGUGUAGAUUGGAACACUCUCGUCAAGUCUUGCUCCAGCACGAUAAUUGAUAGUGCCUGCACUUCAUGUCGUGUUCUUGCGUUUGGUGCUGCUGCUACUGGGAAUGCGCUCUGUGCGUCUCUCAAAGGCAGCGUUGGUGAUAGGGUUAACCUUUCGUUGGAGGACGGCAGCUCUUGGUUGCAUGCGAAUCAUAUUGCGCCACAUCUCGCUUCAAAGCCCGCAGGUUGCAAUAUUGCCAUCGUAGGAAUGGCUGGCCGUUUUCCCAACUCCGCUGAUCACGAGGCAUAUUGGGAUCUGCUUUCUCAAGGUCUCGACGUGCAUCGAGUAAUUCCCCCGGACCGCUUUGAUGCCGCAGCUCAUACAGACCCCAGUGGAAACGGGCGGAACAAAUCACAUACUCCUUAUGGCUGUUUCAUUGAGGAUGCAGCUUUGUUCGACCCUCGAUUCUUCAGCAUGUCACCGCGAGAGGCUAAACAGACUGAUCCUAUGCAGCGUCUGGCGAUUGUCACGGCAUAUGAAGCUAUGGAAUCUGCUGGCUUCGUCAUGAAUCGUACACCGUCUACACAAGCCAAUCGUAUUGGAACCUUUUAUGGUCAGACAAGUGAUGACUGGCGUGAGAUAAAUGCCGCUGAGAAUAUAGAUACGUAUUUCAUUACUGGUGGCGUACGAGCAUUUGGACCAGGUCGUAUCAACUAUCACUUUGGGUUUAGCGGACCUAGUUUCAGCAUAGAUACAGCAUGUUCCAGUAGUUUCGCCGCAAUUCAGUUGGCUUGUACCUCGCUUCGAGCUGGCGAUUGCGACACUGUUUUUGCCGGGGGCAUGAAUAUUCUUACCAACCCAGACAUCUUCGCUGGCUUGUCCAAGGGUCAAUUUCUUUCUAAAACAGGGUCUUGUAAGACCUUUGAUAAUGAUGCUGAUGGCUAUUGCCGAGGAGAAGGUGUUGCGACUGUCAUCCUUAAAAGAAUAGAGGAUGCAAUUGCCGAUAAUGACCCUAUAUUAGGUGUCAUACGGGGCACAGCGACAAAUCACAGCGCAGAAGCUGUCUCGAUUACCCAUCCCCACGCAGGCGCCCAACAGUUUCUAUUUCAGAAUAUCAUGGACGAUCUAGCUGUUGACCCUCGACUGGUCGAUUAUGUCGAGAUGCACGGAACGGGAACGCAGGCAGGAGAUGGAAUUGAGAUCCAGUCUGUCACGGAUGUUUUCGCGCCUCGAGGUGCCCGUCGACGUGCAGCCAAUCAACCAUUAUUUAUCGGAUCGGCGAAAGCCAAUAUAGGACAUGGAGAAGCCGUUUCUGGUGUUUCCGCGCUCAUAAAGUCUUUGCUCAUGUUCCAGAAGAACCUCAUACCUCCCCAUUGCGGUAUUAAGGGGACACUGAACAGGACAUUCCCAGCAGACCUCAAAGAACGAGGUGUCAAUAUUGCCACGCGCUUGACUCCAUUUCCCGUGCCCCAGGAGACCAGGAAAAAACUGAUAUUUAUCAAUAACUUUAGCGCCGCUGGAGGAAAUUCUGCCAUGCUACUCGAAGACGCACCCGACAGAGUCAUUUCAGGCAAGGACAACCGACGUUUCAAUGUCGUGACGGUCUCUGCAAAAUCCUUGGCUUCAUUUCAAGGAAACCUUGCUCGACUCUUAUCUUGGGUCGAAGGGAAUACGGAAAUAGGUUUAUCAGACCUCGCAUACACAACUACGGCACGGAGGCAGCAUUUUAUUUACCGCAAGGCCUUUUCUAUCGACACGAUGUUGAACCUCCGACAGAGUCUACAAUCAUACAUGAAUUCGAAACAUAUCAUAUCACCAAUUCUCAAAACUUCUCCCAACGUUGUCUUCAUGUUUACUGGUCAGGGAGCCCAGUAUUCGACAAUGGGAAAGAGACUCUUUGAAGAAUCUGAGAGUUUCAGAAAGCAAUUGAUCCAUCUGGAUCAAAUCGUCUUAUCAGAGGGACUGCCUUCUUUUCUUGGGGCAAUUGAUGGAAGUUCUGAAGAUGCUUUGCAAAAGUCUCCUGUUGUUUCGCAGGUUGCCACUACCUGCCUUCAAAUUGCGUUAGUCGACCUGUGGAAGUCCUGGGGAGUCGUUCCCUCGGCAGUUGUUGGCCACUCACUGGGCGAAUAUGCAGCGCUAUAUGGAGCUGGAAUCCUAUCUCAGGUGGAUGCGGUACUUCUUGUCGCUAGGAGAGCCUAUCUUCUCGAAUCCUUGUGCACGAUGAACAGCCAUACUAUGCUUGCUGUUAAAGGGUUAAUGUCUAGUGACGAACUAUUAGACAUCACUAGUACUUCAGAAGUCGAAAUCGCAUGUAUCAAUUCUCCAAUUGAGACUGUACUUGCCGGACCAAGCGACGCUAUUGAGGAAGUUAGUACCAGACUAGCAGCAAAACGAUCGGAUUUGCAAGUGAUCAAGCUCAAAGUUCCCUUUGCUUUUCACUCUGCUCAGGUUGAACCUAUCCUGGAGGAGUUUGAAAAGCUUGCACAAUCGGUGGUCUUCCAUCCGCCACAAGUUCCAGUGCUUUCGCCAUGUCUCAGCACUACAAUUGACCGACCAAAUGUUGUCGAUGCAAGCUAUCUUCGCCGUCACUGCAGAAACACGGUCGACUUCAUUGGUGCCAUCAACACUGGUAUUGAUAGUGGUGUCGUGACUCGGGAUGACCUCUGGCUUGAGUUGGGACCGCACCCCGUUUGUUCAAACCUGGCUCGAAGCAUCCUUGGUGAUAUCACGGCAUUGCCAUCAUUACAUAAGAAAGAAGAUGCAUGGAAGACUGUGACAAGCUCCAUGUCUCGUCUGUACGAAUCUGGUGUUUCAAUUGCCUGGAAUGAAUUUCAUCAUUCGGUCGAGAAGGCCACUCGAGUGCUCAAACUUCCCUCAUAUGCUUUCGAUUCCAAGGUCUUUUGGCUGGAUUAUACCAACAAUUGGACACUUACCAAGGGAUCCAUUGACGAUAAUACCACCGGGACUCGAAAUAGUAGCCCCGCAUUUUCAACUUCUUCCAUACAUCGCAUUGUUGAAGAGAUUGUCGACGCUAAUAGCGCCGUCGUUACCGCUGAAGCAGAUUUGCAUGAUCCUCAUUUGAAGGCUAUAAUUACGGGUCACAAAGUCGGCGGCGCACCACUUUUCCCAUCUUCUAUCAAUGCAGAUAUGGCCUACACAUUGUCCAAGUAUGCCUUCGAACGUUUGCAUCCCGGAACUGAAGAAUUCGAUGUGAAUAUCUGUAACAUGCAGUCAUCUUCUCCGCUCAUCCUAGAUAUGACCAGAAAGUCACAGAUCCUCCAAAUCGAGGCGGAGAUUGUCGGCAACGAAAAACAAGCAAAGAUAACAUUCCAGUCAAAGCAAGACGGCAAACCUGUCACAAAGUACGCUGAAUGUGUCGUUUACUUUGAAGAUCCCAAAAUGUGGGCUGCAGAGUUCAAGCGCAGUGCGUAUCUAGUCAAUGCGCGGAUCAGGACAUUACAAGCCCCAAACGCUGGCAUACAUAAGAUCCAUCGAGGCAUGGCUUACAAACUUUUUUCAGCUCUGGUUGAUUAUUCAGACACAUUUCGUGGCAUGGAAGAAGUACGCCUCGACAGUGAGAAUCUCGAGGCCAUAGCGCGUAUCAAAUUUCGAACAAGUUCAAAAGAUGGGACCUUCUUGUUCAAUCCUUACUUCAUUGACAAUACUUGCCACAUCUCUGGUUUCAUCAUGAAUGCAACGGAUGCGGUGGAUUCGACGAACCAGGUUUACAUUUCUCAUGGAUGGGAAACUAUGCGAUUUGUUAGAAAACCAUCGAUUGACAAGGAGUAUUACUCUUAUGUCAAAAUGUCCUUCGUGAGUGAGCACAGUACAAUGGUGUCUGGCGACGUUUAUGUUCUUGAAGGAACGGAAAUCAUUGGCGUUUUCGGUGGUGUAAGAUUCCAGGGAGUGCCUCGCAAGCUCAUGCCAACCUUGUUAGGUCUUGAGAGUAAAAGUCCAUCAGUAAGCAACACAAUUAGCGAGAAGCCUUAUACCAAGAAUAUAUCAGCAAUGACAAAAAACCCAACGCCAAAAGUCAACAAACCACUCCAAGUGGCUUCUCAAGCCGCCGCCGGGGCUGAGCCUGGAGUACCCAUGCUGAGCAAGGCACUUGACAUUCUUGUCUCGGAAAUCGGAUGCUCCAUGUCUGAAUUGAAUGAUAACGUUGAGUUUGAAGAUCUAGGAGUGGAUUCUUUGAUGUCGUUGUCAAUAAGCUCACGUCUACGAGAAGAGCUUGACAUUGCUGUCGGAGGGACGCUGUUCAUCGAUUAUGGGUCCGUUGGUCAACUGAAGGCAUAUCUCUCCCAGUUCGAGGAAGCUACAGAUAACACAGGCUUUACCAAGAGCAACGUGUCAAGCUCCGUUUCCAGCUUUAUGACUCCCGAAGAUUCAGAGAGUGACAGCUCAGUUGGUUCUGACGAAGACGAUCCUAUCUAUGUCAUACGUUCCACAAUUGCCGAGGAGAUGGGUAUGGAUAUCCUGGAGAUUCAUGACUCUCUGGACUUGUCACAGAUAGGCAUGGACUCGCUCAUGAGCCUUUCCAUUCUGGGAACGCUCAGAGAAAAAACAGGCACUGUCUUCCCACCUGAUUUUUUGAUUGAAAAUACAACAAUCGAACAGAUUAAAAUCAGUCUUCACAUUAAUGAGCCCAAGAAGAAGCCCACCGGACCAUCAAGCAACGUUAUGAGAAUUGGUACAGAGGACCUAGAUCACGAGGUGCAAAAGCCCACUAGCAUCAAGAAGACAGAGACUUUUGACCUAUCAUCUUACCCUCCUGCUCAAGUAGUGCUGCUCUCCGGAAAUCUAAAGGCGGCCAAGCGGAAGCUAUUCGUGCUUCCUGAUGGCUCUGGAGCAGCAUUUUCCUAUGCCGCAAUUCCUCCUUUGGAUGAUGAGACAGUUGUUUAUGGCCUCAAUUGUCCUUUCAUGCGAACUCCUGAUGAAUUCACAAUCGGAGUCCCUGCCGUGACCAAGAUUUACAUCGACGCCAUCAAGACCAGACAGCCAGAGGGACCGUAUCUAUUGGCCGGUUGGUCUGCAGGUGGUGUCCUUGCAUAUGAAAUGACACGACAACUGAUCCAACGAGGCGAGAAGGUUGAAAAUCUCAUUCUCAUAGAUAGCCCCUAUCCUAUCAAACUAGAGGCACUUCCUCCCGUGUUCCACCAGUUUUGUAACGAGAUCGGCCUCCUGGGCGACGGAAAAUCUAAACCGCCAUCGUGGCUACUCCCUCAUUUCAGAGCCACUGUGCGAGAGCUUACCGCAUACUCUGAGAUCCUGGAGUCAACUGAGAUUGACACGAGUGACAUGCCUCCAACGACUUUGAUCUGGGCAAGGGAUGGUGUCGUCAAGAACCCUGGCGAUCCUAAACCAACAUGGGAGGAGGGAGUACGUAUGCCGAACAGCAUGGAAUGGCUAGUCAAGAAUCGCUACAAUCUUGGCGAUAAUGGGUGGAAAUUGUUGGUUGGAAAGGGAAAGACGAGAUGCGUUAGCAUGGAUGGAAACCAUUUUACCAUGAUGAGAGAUCCUUUGGCUGCUGAAGUGGGUAGAUUGGUAAAAGAAGCCUUAGAUUGGACAGAUUGA